UAUUUUUGAAACGCGAGAAAAAACAGAGAAAAUAAGUACGGAAAGUGCAAAAAAUUAAAAUCUUCAAGAAUUGAAUGUAGCUCAGUUUUAAAUAUUUGAAAUGAACAAAAUAUAUAAAAGCGCGAAUUAUGAAAGGUAUAAUCGAAGCGGUUAAUUUCGCGGUAUACGGAUUUUGUGCGGGUACAUUUCAUCGUCGAUGCCGCUCGUGCCGACACACGAGAAUCCUAUCCCUUCCAAAAUCCCUUCACGCGUGGUCUUGGGGAAUAAACGGAUUGCAGCGAGGAGCGAGGGCGAGGAUAGGAAUUCAGUAAGAUGUCGUUGUAGUGCAUCGUCGUUCCUCGGUGCCUUCACGUUGAGCGAAAAUUUGCUCUUCGUGUCCCGAAGAGGAUCGCGAUCGCGAGACAAGUCGGGGAAAAGAAUCGCGCUCGGCAAACGCAGGGCCGCCGAUUGCGUGAAGCGACGCGAUUAAAUGAGACGGGGCAGUACUUCGGCAAGUACUACGUCUCUCUUUCGUGUGGGAACGCUAUGUCUACGGAGACCACCCUGAAUGACGUGCCCAACGUUGCGUCGAGGCUGCAGAGCCUGCGGCUGGCGACGCAUGGCGAGGACGAAAGUGACGUGACGGAGAACGCUACGGCUAGCAGUUCGACGGCCACCGGAGGCAAUGGGUCCUCGUCGUUGCGGGAACCGCUGCGGAACAUCACUCUCUAUCGAGCACGGCGAGCGCUCAAUUUUGUCGGCGACGAGGAUCAACCGACGACGAGCUCGUCCGUGGCGCGAAGCGAGGCCUCGUACUCGAACGGCGAUAACCGACCACCUAUUAAUGCGGCGAAUACGUCAUAUUUGGAAGGGCGACCACAAAAUACUAUCGCCUUAGAAAACUCUUCUACACAAAAUCAACCUGCAGUUACAUAUAAUUGGCAAGGUACAAAAGCGACGAUGCGCGAAAGGAUUGUAUUUCUCUUUAAUAAUGAAAUACUGUCAGAUGUGACUUUCCUGGUGGGAAGAGGAGGAGCGCAACAACAACGUAUACCAGCUCACAAACUAGUCCUAUCUUCUGGAAGUGCUGUAUUUGAUGCAAUGUUUAAUGGAACACUUGCUACAGCUUCUUCAGAAAUAGAAGUACCUGAUGUAGAGCCUGCUGCAUUUUUGGCAGUGCUACUUUUUCUAUAUACUGAUGAGAUACAGAUAGAUCCUGAAACUGUGAUGACAACACUGUAUACCGCUAAGAAAUAUGCAGUAUCCGCUUUAGAAAAGCAUUGCGUUGACUUUUUAAAAAAUAAUUUGACCAGUGAUAAUGCUUUCUUGCUCUUAACGCAAGCUCGUCUGUUUGAUGAACCGCAAUUAGCCUCAGUAUGUUUGGAUACAAUAGAUAGAUUUACAACUCAGGCCCUCAAUGCAGAUGGAUUCACAGAUAUUGAUAUCGACACAUUAAUGAUAGUCUUGGAAAGAGAUACACUUCGUGUUAGGGAAUCUAAGCUAUUUCAGGCUGUUUUAAGGUGGUCAGAGGCUGAAUGUAUAAGACAACAAUUACCAGUCACUCCAGAAAAUCAACGUCUGGUUCUAGGUAAUGCUCUGUCAUUGGUUCGUUUUCCACUUAUGUCAAAAGAAGAAUUUACAGCAGGUCCGGCACAAUCUGGUUUAUUAAAUUAUUCAGAGGUUUUAUCUUUAUUCUCAUAUUUUAUACUGAAUCCUAAACCUUCAGUGGGAUUUCAAACAAUGCCACGAUGUUGUAUGACAGGCAAGGAACAGACUGUGUGCAGAUUUCAGCAUACCAAUAGUAGAUGGGGAUAUUUUGGAACUAGUGAUCGUAUUCGGUUUAGUGUGGAUAGGCGUAUUUUCCUUAUUGGCUAUGGAGUUUAUGGCAGCACGCAAGAACCAGCGAUAUAUGAAGUAUCAGUGGAAUUAAUUCAUACUGCAUCGGGAAAAGUGAUAGCUACAAAUGCAACAAGUUUUAGCUGUGAUGGAUCAAAGUACACAUACCGUCUAAUGUUUAAAGAGUUAGCGGAGAUCUUACCAAAUACAAUUUAUACAGCAUCAGCAACCUUCAAGGGGCCAUACUCAUAUUAUGGCACAAAAGGAUUAAGAACAGUAUUAGUGGAUUGUGAUUCAGGAAAUACAAAAGUGAAAUUCGAAUUCAGUAGCGAGUUGGGAGAUAACAAUGGUACAUCCACUGAUGAAGGUCAAAUACCCGAGCUUAUCUUUUACACGUAAUAUCUUUUGCAUAUAUAAUAUUGACAUUCUUCAUGUUUGUUUAAUUGGCCAUUGGAGAUAAAUUAUAUAUGCCGGGUUUUGUCAAUUAUAUAUCUUGUGAUCAUUUAAAGUACUUUGAUUUAAGUGAGCCACACACAGGCAUGCCAAAGGAGUUAACCCAAGAUUUUUUCAUAAUUUUAUAAAUAAUCUUCUUGAUUUUACUGAUUGCUAUGAUUAAUAAAUACAACAUUUUGAAAAAUAUGCAAA